AUGAUCGACGGAGCCGCCAUCGGCAGGAGCCCCGUGAUAUCAUCAUGGCACGGAUACAAUCCAGCCUCCUCACAGCAGCAGUGUUUACAGGCUGUACAGACCAGCCUACCGACUACAGACGGGGACAGGGAGCGGCGGCGAAGCAUGGCGCUAAGAACAUCCACGAAGCAGGCCUCCGACGCGAUGGACAUUCGGGAGGCGGUGAAGGCCUCCGUCGCGGCGGAGAGCAAGGACAGCAAGCUGUGGGGCUUCGUGCCCAACUGGUUCCGCACCACGGUCGGCCCCCUGUUCCUCAUCCUCGUCCCGCCCUUCUUCGUGGUGUUCUGGUGGCACCUCCUCGUGAGCCACAGCGGGAGCUGGGUCUCCCUCUGGGGGGACCUGAAAGCGGCGGGGCCGGAGUACGUGCUCGACGUCGUGCCGAGCCCUGUGGACCCGGCCGCGUGGAAGUACAUCCUCGGAUUCGGGGUCUUCGAGAUCUUGCUCAUGGUCGGUCUCCCCGGCAAGGCCUUCCGCGCCAACCCCACCGCCACCGGACACAUCCCCGUGUACAAGGCGAACGGCAUGCUCUCCUACCUCGUGACGCUCGCGACGCUCUGCGCCCUCGUCGCCACCGACAGGCUGGACCCUAAGAACGUUUACGACAAGCUCGGCGAGAUCUUCACCGGACUGUCGGUGUUCUCCCUCUUCUUCGUUCUCCUCCUUACCGUCAAGGGCUUGUACUUCCCUUCCACCGACGACAGCGGCAGCAACGGCAGCUUCCUCCAGAACUACUGGUGGGGCACCGAGCUAUACCCCCGCGUGUUCGGAGCGGACGUGAAGAUGUUCACGAACUGCCGGUUCGGGAUGAUGUACUGGGCCGUAGGCGCGGUGAUCUACGCUUACACGCAGCAGCAGAUGUACGGGAAGCUGUCGAGCAGCAUGGCGGUCAGCGUCAUUCUCCAGCUCACCUACAUCACCAAGUUCUUCCACUGGGAGAUGGGGUACAUGAACAGCAUGGACAUCCAGCACGACCGGGCGGGCUACUACCUGUGCUGGGGCUGCCUGGUCUGGGUGCCGGCCGUGUACUCCUCCCCGGGCAUCUACCUGGUCAAGCACCCUAUCUCCCUGGGCUGGUACGGCGCCUCUGCUAUCCUGGCGCUGGGGCUGCUCUCGAUCUGGGCCAACUUUGACGCCGACAGGCAACGCCACGCCUUCCGACAGGCCAAGGGGGACAUCAUCGUAUGGGGCAAGCCGGCGAAAUACAUCACGGCGGGCUACAUCAACGCCCGCGGGGAGAAGGCCUCCUCGCUCCUCCUGUGCACCGGCUGGUGGGGGGUGGCCCGCCACUUCCACUACCUCCCCGAGAUCACGGGGGCGUUCUUCUGGACGGUUCCGGCGUUGUUUGAGACUCCGACGCCGUACUUCUACGUGGUCUUCCUGGUCCUGCUGCUGACGGACAGGGCGUUCAGGGACGACACUCGCUGCCGCGGAAAGUACGGCAAGCACUGGGACAAGUACUGCGCGCAGGUUCCGUACAAGAUUGUGCCCGGUAUUUUGUGAGCCACAAUAUGAGUGUUUUUUAAAGCGUUCAUUUUCGGAGAGGCAUCGGAGCGACUUGUUCAUCCCCCCCCCCGC